AUGACCAAGUCGCUGGCUCUUCUCAUCGCUCUUGUGGUCCUGGCUGUUACCGUGGAGGCUGAGAAAGGUUGGCUUUUUUAUUUUGAUUCAUUAGGUAGUAGAUCCUUGCUUAUUAAGUAUCUCAAAGUAUUGGCAAAAAAAAAACACAUCAAGAGGACUCGAUCCAUUGACCUUUCCAACGAGAGAUUAGGCUCUUAGCCACUUGACCAUCAUGUUAAUCAAGUCUUUUCGUGGCUUUUUGGUUGAAACCGAUAAAAAUUCGGUUGUUUUUUUAAAUUUCGAUUUAUUAGGUAGUGGAUCUUUACUUAUUGGGUAUCUCAAAGUGUUGGCAAAGAAAAUCACACCGAGAAGAUUUGAUCCAUUGACCUUUCCAACGAGAGAUGAGACUCUUAGCCACUUGCCUAUCAUGUUAUUCAAGUCUUUUUGUGGCUUUUUGGUUGAAACCGAUAAAUUUUUCGGUUUUUUAAAUCUUGAUUUAUUAGGUGGUGGAUCCUUACUUAUUGGGCCUCUCAAAAUGUUGACAAAAAAAGCUACACCAAGAGGAGUUGAUCCAUUGACCUUUCCAACGAGACGUGAGAUCCUUAGCCACUUGACCAUCAUGUUAGUCAAGUCUCUUUCUGGAGGCCGAUAAAGCCUGGCUUUUUUAUUCGUUUAGUACUAAAUCCUUCCUUUGUGAGCUUCUCAAAACAUUCGCAGCAGCCUAUAAAAAUGGCAAAAAAAAAAGUUACACCGAGAAGAUUCGAUCCAUUGACCUUUCCAACGAAACAUGUGAUCCUUAGCCACUUGACCAUGGUUUCAUUCAAAUUAUAGUGGGCGGUAUAGAUGAAAAUAUAGGGUCAUUAUCUUAUAAUAUAAUAUAGAAGACCAAUCAUCGAUUUACCCUAUAGUUCCCACUUAGAUGAGCUUUUCCAUCUCAUUUUCAAUCUUAACUGAGGAGACCUGAUCUUUUGAUCUUUUGGUGCAAAAUUUCUUGCCAUUUUUGCUUCUUGAACCUCUCAAAGUAUUGGCAAAACUCAGAAUUAAACGGCAAAAAAAGUUACACCAAGAGGACUUGAUGCGUUGACCUUUCCAACGAGAUAUGAGAUCCUUAGCCACUUCACCGUCAAGUCAUAGUAAGCAGUAUAGAUAGGAGAAUUGAGCCAUUCACACGUAAGACAUCUCCAGCUCCCAACUUUCCAGACAUUUUCGCCCGAGCAGUUGGGCCUUGCAUCGAAGGCAAGUGCCAGACGGGCCACGCUUGCUACAAGGAGCAGUGUAUCCCAAGGAACCUUGUCCCGAGAGUCAAGAGAGAUGGUGAGGAAUUGAUCCGAAGACCCUUUGAGUGCCCCUCAGGGCCUCUACCAUUGAGCCACGCUGAGAUUAUUGUAAUUUCAGCGAUUUUCGGCAGCGCCGUCGGACCUUGCAUCCUUGGGCGGUGCCAAGCCGGCCACGCCUGCUACAUGGACCAGUGUCUUCCCCAGGGUCUUGUCCCCAAUGCGAGAUCUCCACGAGCUGGUGGGUUUAGUGGUCUCUUAAGGGUUCAGAUUACUUAAGUGGUCACUUGAGUGCUUCUUAACACUUAGAAAACGUUGGAUAGGAAACUAGGAAAUCUUAAUUCACUUUUUAAUUCACAUCUUUUUUGGCCUUUGAAUUGAGUGGUCACUUAAGGGUUUGGAUUACUUAAGUGGUCACUUGACACUUCGACAAUUAUCAGUAGAAAACUAGCAUGAGAAAGUCCUAGAAAAGUAUAUCUUGAUUAUUUUUGUUAUCUUCUCGAGUUUGAGUGGUCACUAAAGGGUUGGAAUUACUUAAGUGGUCAAUAGAAACUUCCAAAUUAUGAGUGGAAAACUAGGCAGAAAAGUCUCCUCGAGCUGGUUACUUUAGUAGUCUCUUCAGGGUUUAGAUCACUCAAGAGGUCACUAGAGAGCUCCAUGUCCUCGAGAUACUAAGUUAAGUGGUCCCUAAAGGUUUUGAAUCCCUUAAGUGACCACUAGAAGUCUUCUUAUCACUUCUUCGACACCUUUAGAAGAACACCAAAAAAAAAUUUAUAAAAAAUCCCAUCUUACGAAGUGGUCACUUAUGCAAUCAAUCUUCGGUAUUUCCUCGCUUUAGGAUUUGGAUCACUUAAAUGAUCACUAGAGAACCUUUCCAACGAGUUUUGCAAAGAAAUACGAUCUUGAGUGGUCACUUAAAGGUUUUUUAACGCCUUCAGAAGACUCUAACUCACGAAAAACGGAGAAAUCUAGUGAUCACUUAAGUUUUUUUUUGGGAAGAGGUUUCACUCGGAGAAGCCCUUAAGUGAUCACCUGGACUUUAAAUGGAACUUUCACAGGAAUUUUUGGAAACCUUAAAGCGGUCUCUUAAGGGUUUAGACUACUUGAGUGGUCACUAGAGAAAUCCUUAUUAGUUCAAAAAUUAUGAGAAGAAAAAUAGAAAGGAAAGAUCCUGGUAAAUGAUAUACAUAAAUUCAAAAAGUGAUAGGAAAAUUCAAGCUUCGAAGUGGUCACUUAAAGGUUUUUAGUACUUCUUCAAAAAUAUAAUACACGAACUCGAAGCAUUUUUUUUUUUAUAGAAAAAGCCAUUUUCCUAAAUUAUUCUACAAUAAAAAAAUGAUUUCUUUGAACUUCAGCGACCGCGAUCGGCCCCUGCGUGAACCUUCUAUGCCCGAAAGGACACGUUUGCCGCAAAAAUCAGUGCUUCCCGCAAUAA